AUGACAUUCGGAAUGAUAUCUCAUCGUUAUUACAUCGGAUUCAACAUUCAUCGUCUCAAACAAUAUAAAUUGAAUUAUUUCACAUUCUUCGCUCGAUUAUCAUCUGUAAUAAGUGGUGGCGUCAACCGUAUUCUCUCACAUUUCACAACUGUUUACCAUCCAAAUGCCGACCGUGCUGGUGAAAAUCGUGUGACCCCAACAAGUACUUCGUCAACUAUUCCAAUUACAACACAAUUAUCAUCGCCAGCGCCUCCAGAAGCUGAGGAUUCAACAUGGAUUAGCACAUUUACCAAAGUUGAUCGAUUAUUGUCUGGUAGUUCACUUCAUUUAAUGUAUCGUAUUAUUGACAUUACAAUUCUAUUGAUUGGUUUAACAUCAAGCAAACAUGCCUGUCAAAUGUCAAAUCGUUUGGCUAUAACAUCGAUCUGCCUAUUAAUAUUUUAUUUUAUUGAUUUAACAAUUAUUCUUCUUCUUUUCAUUCGGAAUAUAACUCCGAGAAAUUCGAACUUAAGUGAAGAACAAAAAGUUGCACAAUUGCGGAGUGCUUCGGCUUUACGAGGCUUUUUCGUGUUUUUCAAACUUAUUCCUGUAUGUGUUGGAACCGGAUACUCAUUUUCGCCAGGAGCAGAUGCGAAUUCUGGUUGCGAAUUGAUACGUUUUUGUCUUGGUAUUGUUUGUUUGAGUACAUGGUUACUCAUCCUCAUUCCACCGACCAAACCCGAACUACCAGUUCGACGUUCAUUCAUUGUUGAAUGCUUUAUCCUUGUUUUCGUCCUUACUAUCAAUUUAACCUACAUCGGAACAGUGGCAACAGCCAUGAAAGACGUUGGACAAUCAACAUGUAUAUACAAUAACAGCGAAGAUUUGUAUUUGAGAUCUCCAUUGAAGUCAUAUGCGUUUGUUGGCUUAAUUCUCUUCGGUUGCACCACAAUUAUUCAUAUAGUAAAUUUAACUAUUAGUCAAUUAUGUCUACGUUUGAACCGUGGGCGACAAAUUUACAUUCGUUAUUAUGUUGUACAAUAUAUCGUAAAUUAUGUGGGUGCCAUUGCUGUGAUUUAUUAUUUUUCCGUUGGAGCUUUAUUUUUAUUUCAACCACGAUCGGGCCAACCGUGUCGAGCAGAUGCACCGGAAUUGUAUCGAAUACUGUUGAUUUGGGAAUGGAUUCGAAUCCUAUCGCCAUUGAUCGCCAUUCCACUAAUUUGUAUAUUAUGCUGUUUAGGAGUGUUUUUCGGAGUUAUUUUAAGUUAUUGUUUACCUGCAUCGAUUACUGUGCCAUUGCUAGAAUCGCUUCGAGGAUGGCUGUCCGCAGCGCCAAUGACAAUCAAUACGAAUCCACCAGCAUCACAAGAAAAUAUCGAUGCAUUACCUACGAUCUCAUUCGGACAGGAGUCCGAUCAAUUUAAUCAAACUGACUGUGCUAUUUGUCGAUCAAAUUUCGAAGCGAAUGAACAAUUGAAAAAACUACAAUGUGGACAUUUAUUUCAUCCAGAAUGUGUGACAAACUGGUUGUUAAUAACUCGAAUUUGUCCGAUUUGCCGACAGCGCAUGUCCGUAACAAAUUUAUGA